AUGGAGAAGAAGAAGAGAAAGACGAAGACGACGACAACAACACCAUUGAAAUCUUAUGUGCCUGAAGAAAUGAUAAUUGAAAUUCUUCUAAGUUUACCAGUGAAGUCUCUUAUUCGUUUUAAAUGUUUACGUGAUUUGUAUUAUCUAUAUGGUUUUGGAUAUGAUCAGUUAAGAGAUGAUUACUUGGUGGUUUCACUGUCCUGUAUUCUAGCUGAGGAAGAUCUUUCACGUUUAGAAUAUUUCUCAUUGAAAGAUAACAAGUGGAAGGAAAUUGAGGAUACUUACUUCCUUUAUACGAAGGACAAGAUUGAACCCAGAGUAGGAUCGCUCUAUAACGAUGCUAUUCAUUGGCUUGCUUUACAUUCUGAUUCACUGAUGGAAGUUAUUAUCGCAUUUGAUUUAACUGAAAGGAAACUUUUUGAGAUGCCUUAUCCAAAUGGUUUAGGCCAUAAGUCUGAUUAUUGUGAGUUGUGGGUAUUUGGAGAAUUUCUUAGUUUAUGGGCUAAGGAUUGUGAAAAUAAUACAAUUGAAAUAUGGGUGAUGAAAGAGUACAAUAUGCAUUGGUCUUGGAUUAAGCCUAUUGUUCUCCGUAUGAAUAUCCGAUUUUUUAAUGAGUUUUUUCCAUUAUGCUCUACAAAAAAUGGUGAUAUCAUUGGAACAGAUGCGGAGAAUAUGUUAAUGAGGUAUAACAACAAAGGAGAGCUUAUAGAGGGUUCCUCAUACAGAUGCUUUGCAGAUGGUGUAGUUUCAUGUGGAUCCCCAUCGAUAGUGUAUACAGAAUCUUUGCUUUCACUCCCUGGUGAUGACAUGCAAGUUUAUGAAGAUGAUUCUGACUAGAAUAAUCAGUCGCAGAAAAUAGUAGAGUCCUAUAGCAAGUUGAGUGACAGAGGACGAGGUUGAAGGCUUCAGACAUCUUGUUGCCAUACUGAUUAGUACUAAAGAAAAUGUCUUGCAUUCAUUUUAAUGUUGAUCAA